AUGUGCCGCUCAAUGAUCCCCCCACGUGCCCCUCAUUCGACCCCCAAUGCACCCCCCCCAUGUGCCCCUCCAUGCGCCCCCCAUGGCGUCCCCCAUGCGCUCUCCCGUGCGUUCCCCCAUGUGUUCCCCUAUGCGUUCCCCCAUGUGUUCCCCUAUGCGUUCCCCCAUGUGUUCCCCUAUGCGUUCCCCCAUGUGUUCCCCUAUGCGUUCCCCCAUGUGUUCCCCUAUGCGUUCCCCCAUGUGUUCCCCCAUGCGUUCCCCCAUGUGUUCUCCUAUGCGUUCCCCCAUGUGUUCCCCUAUGCGUUCCCCCAUGUGUUCCCCCAUGCGUUCCCCCAUGUGUUCCCCUAUGCGCUCCCCCAUGCGCUCCCCCAUGCGCUCCCCCUUGCUCUCCCCCGUGUGUUCCCCCGCGCCACGGGGGGGCUGGCCAGUGUGGUGGGGGAACGUAACGGACACAAGGCCCCACCCGGGCAGGGGCUGCUGCGAGGACAUCUGCAAUUCCAUGCGCUUCUGCUUUCUGCACUUGCUGCAUCCCCUGUGCCGCCAUCACCCUGUGCCACCAUCACCCUGUGCCACCAUCACCCUUCCAACCCAACCCAUGCACCCAUCCACCGCCACCCACCCAUCCGCACCAUGCGUGCAUCAGGCACUGGAGGGGCUGCCGGGGCACUGGAAGGGCUGGCGGUGGUGUUUGGAGGGCUACAGGAGGACCCAUGGGCGGUGCACAGCAACUUGACUCAGAGGCUCUUCGCCGACUAUGUGCUGCGCACACAGGCCGCCCGCCCCUGGGUGCACGCCACCGCCUAUGCCGCCUUUGUCAAUGGCUCCGACAGGGAGGCCUUCGAGCGGCGCAUGCGGUGCCCACUGGUGGACAUGCAGGGCAGGCCUGUCCCGCGCGCGGACUGGUACAUGGACCUGCGCUUCUGGUUCGACAAGCACCACCCCUUGGACGCCAGGACGCACCCGUCGUACGGGCCGCAGCUGACCCGCGUGAAGGACACGGGCGGCAACAUGCUCACUUCGCCCUAUGUGCUCUCCAAUGGGCAUCCAGGCAUGGCCAUGAUAACGCCAGUCUUCAAAGGCAACGUGACGAUGGAGUCGGCGCAGCGAGAGAGGCGAGCAGCGUUCAUGGGAGUCAUAGCAGCGUCGGUGGACUUCAACCAACUUGCCGACUUCAUCAUUCUUGAAGUGCUCCGGCAAGGCGCGGAGUAUUCCCUCGAAGUGUACGACGUAACAGCCACGGCCGGCCCCCGCAACUCCUCCACCUCCACCGCACUGGGCCCGUACCUGCUGUACGGGGUGGGCGACUUGCCGCAAGGCGACCCCAUGCAAGUGGCCAAGCUCAUUCCGCCGUCCAACGAGACCAUGCUGCAGCCGCACCGACACAAGGCCGUGCACCAGAUCAACCUCACCGAUUCCUCCCGCACCUACCAGCUCUGGUGCCGCUUCCAGGGCUCAGACGAAGCCCACAACGUGACAGCCAUAUUCCUGGGGCUCAUCAUCCUCGUGGUGGCCGCACUGCUGGCAGGUAUCGGCGUGAGCGUGGCGCUCAACACGAGGAGGGUGCACGACAAGAUAGAGGCGGAGAAGGUACUAAAGGAGACGGCGCAGGCAGCGGAGCGCAACAAGAGUGCGUUCAUCGCCAGCACGGCCCAUGAAAUGCGCACUCCCAUCAAUGGCAUGGAAGGCAUGCUGAAGCAGCUAAACGAGGGAGGGCUGGACGAGAGGCAGAGGGAGGACGAGGGGACAGCGCUGGAGGAAGCAGGGAGGAUCCUGAGGCUCGUAAACUCAGUGCUGGAUGUGUGCAAGGCAGAGGCAGGACGCCUGCAUCUAGAGAGCCUGCCGUUUGACCUGCGCUCAUGGCUGCGUGACGUGCUGCACCCACACGUGCUCGCUGCUCAGGAGCUAGGCCUAAAUCUGACGUGGCAUGUGGAUGGGGAUGUGCCCGGUGUGCUGCUGGGGGACUGCCUUCGCCUGCAGCAAGUGCUGGAUAGAAUAGUUGAGAACGCCAUCAAGUUCACGAGCAGUGGCGGUGUGUGCGUGAGGCUGCAGUGCCUUCCCCCCGACACCCACAUCCCCACCCAUCUGCUCUCCCUCGGCUGUCUCCUCGCUGCACCCACCCCCGCCUGCUCCUCUCCUGCGGCUGCUGCUACCACCGCUGCUGAUGCCACCGCUGCUGCCACCACUGCUGCUGCUGCCUCUGCUGGUGCUGCCAGUGCGGCUGUGCAUCGGAACGGAGUGGGAGAGCCACCGCUGAGAGUGCUGUUGUGGGAGCAGGUGGGGCAGCGAGGGCUAGCGUGGGCAAUAAUGGGUGCAUGCAGUGAGCCGGUGCUCCAGAGAGGCUUGUCUGCUCAGUGCCUUGGGUGCUGCUGGCGCUUGCCCCUGGUUCAGGAGGGGGGCCAGGAGCAGGGGGAGAGCGAGGAGAGACGGGAAGGAGGGGAGUGGGAGGAGGGGGAGGAGGGAGAGGACAGGAAAGAGGACCGGAUGAGGGAGAGGGGGAAGGACGAGGAAGGGGAGGAGUGCGAGGAGGGGCAGGAGAGGGAAGGAGGUAACACGCUGAGGAUAAGCACUCAGGAACAAAGUGAUGGAUAUGAGGAGAGUUGGGGAAAUGGGGUGGAUGUGAGACCUGGAAGAUCUGAAGUGGGCGAUGCCGGGUGUACUCUAAGAGGAGCACCUCACAGGGUGAUGCCUCGCCAGCACGGGGUGGAGAACGGUGGAGAACGGUCGGUGGCGAUAGGAGGCGGAAACGGAGACGAGAGGAUUCGCAGGCGGGAACUAGGCCGUGGUACGCCGUGGGGUCCAGGAGAUGAGGAGGAGGGUGGGCGUGGGGGAGUGGGACCAUGCACUUGUGUGCAUGGGACAAGAGCGCCUAGUGCGGAUGGUGUAAGUGAAGCAGGGAGGUUUAGAGCAGCAUCAGCAGCAGCAGCAGCAGGGGGUGGCGGGAUGGGCUGGUGGAGGGGAGCAGUGGGGAGGUGGUGGCGUGGGCGAGGCAGAGAGGAGGGCAUGGUGGUGGAGGCGGGGGGUGAUAGGCGGUGUGUGGUGCUGCUGACAUGUGAGGACACAGGGUGUGGCAUCUCAGAGGAGGAGCAGCGCCACGUGUUUCAGGCAUUCAUGCAGACCCGCGCGCAUGGAGGCAGUGGCAUGAGCCUGCACUUGUGUCGGCAACUGGUGAGUCGUUUCGGACAGUCGUCGGUUGUAGCGCUGCGCCCAACCUCCAACACCUCCCCCGCAUGGCAGGUGUCGCUCAUGGGCGGCAGCAUUGGGCUGCUCAGCACAGAGGGCCAUGGCACCACCCUGCACGUCGCUCUGCCCAUGCCUGUUGCUGCUGCCACUGCCGCUGUGGCUGUGUAUGGAAAUUCGACUGCAGCCAGCGUGGAUGUUUCUGGGCCAGCGUCGACUUGUGUGCCUUCGUCCGCUGCUGCUGCUGCUGCUGCAGGGGAUGACACAUCAGCUGUGCCACGGGCAGUGGAGGCGAAGAGUGCGAGGGAGAGGCUGAAGGAGUUGCUGCAGGGCAAGGCGAUUCUGGUGGUGGACGACAAUCUUAUCAACCGGCGGGUGGCAGCGAGCACGCUGGCGCGGUACGGGGCGGAGGUGGCGCUGGCAGAGUCGGGUGAGGCGGCACUGCGCCUGCUGCAGGCGCGCCACUCCUUCCGCCUCGUGCUCAUGGACCUCCUCAUGCCCGGCCUCGACGGCUUCCAAACCGCCGCCCGCUUGCGCGCCCUCGAGGCCAAAGCGCAUACUGCCCAGUGGGGGGUGCAAGGGGGACAGGGCGCAGGGGAUGCGCAGGAAGGGCAGGGGUGGGGAGGAGACGUGCCAGCGGUGGGGAAGAGUGGGGUGGAGGGUGUGGAGGGGGGAUGGCAGCGGCAGCAGCGUAUUUGUGUGGUGGCCAUGUCAGCAGAUGUGGACAACGCUGUUGCUGCUCGUGCCACAGAGGCUGGCAUGGAUGGCGCCGUGCAGAAGCCACUCAAUGAGAGAGCGCUUCUCCAGGUGCUCUCAACACUCUGA